AGUACGCCGUCGUUACCGAGUGAAGUGCGUCUCUUUGGAGCAGAUACCGGCUGAGAGAAACGCAGCAACAAGAGAAAGGAUUUACAUUUCGGGCUCGUUUUGCACCGGGACUAUCUCCGAGCACCGCGCAUCUCCUCCGGUACCGACAAUCCGAGCCGAAACCUGGAUGUGGAAGCGGGGCUGAGGGAAGAAAGGGCCACGCUGGGGACGAGCUGAAUUACCAAACCGAGCUCGUCGGAGUAGCCCAGUUGCCUCCCAAGCGACGCUUUAAAACAGAGAAGGAGCGGAUACAUUCAGCCCGAUCAGAGGUGAAAAUGGACUAUGAUUUUAAAGUGAAGCUGACCGGCGAAAGAGAGCGAGUCGAGGACCUGUUCGAGUACGAAGGAUGCAAAGUGGGAAGAGGCACCUACGGUCAUGUAUACAAGGCGAAGAGAAAAGAUGGGAAGGAUGAUAAGGACUACGCCCUCAAGCAGAUUGAAGGCACUGGCAUCUCCAUGUCAGCCUGCAGAGAGAUUGCACUGCUGCGGGAGCUGAAGCAUCCUAACGUCAUCUCGCUGCAGAAGGUUUUCCUGUCACAUGCAGACCGUAAAGUAUGGCUGCUCUUUGACUACGCCGAGCAUGAUCUCUGGCACAUUAUUAAGUUCCACAGAGCGUCCAAGGCCAACAAGAAGCCACUUCAGCUGCCCAGAGGAAUGGUCAAGUCUCUGCUCUACCAGAUCCUGGAUGGCAUCCAUUACCUCCACGCCAACUGGGUCCUCCACAGAGACCUUAAACCAGCGAACAUUUUAGUGAUGGGGGAAGGGCCGGAGAGGGGUAGAGUAAAGAUCGCGGACAUGGGGUUUGCCCGUCUCUUCAAUUCACCGCUGAAGCCUUUAGCCGAUCUCGACCCUGUGGUGGUCACCUUCUGGUACAGAGCACCUGAACUGCUGCUAGGGGCUCGGCACUACACCAAAGCCAUCGACAUCUGGGCGAUUGGCUGCAUCUUUGCGGAGCUGCUGACGUCUGAGCCCAUAUUCCACUGUCGCCAGGAGGACAUCAAGACCAGUAACCCUUACCACCACGACCAACUGGACCGCAUCUUUAAUGUCAUGGGUUUCCCGGCUGAUAAAGACUGGGAGGACAUCAAAAAGAUGCCAGAACACUCUACACUGAUGAAAGACUUUAGAAGGAACACAUACACAAACUGCAGCCUUAUAAAGUACAUGGAAAAACAUAAAGUCAAACCAGACAGCAAAGCAUUCCACUUGCUGCAGAAGCUGUUGACCAUGGACCCCAUCCGUAGAAUCACAUCUGAGCAGGCCAUGCAGGACCCCUACUUUUUGGAGGAGCCUCUGCCGACCUCUGAUGUGUUUGCAGGCUGCCAGAUCCCCUACCCCAAGAGGGAGUUCCUGACAGAGGAGGAACCAGAGGACAAGGCAGACAAAAAAAACCAGCAGCAGCAACAGGGAAACAACCACACAAAUGGGGCGGGGCACACCGGCAACCCUGACAACAGUCAUGCCCAGGGCCCGCCUCUGAAGAAAGUGCGAGUUGUCCCGCCCACCACUACCUCAGGUGGCCUCAUCAUGACCUCAGACUACCAGCGCUCCAAUCCACAUGCUGCCUACCAGAACCCUGGACCAAGCACAUCACUGCCCCAAAGCAGCAUGGGAUACUCCUCUACCUCCCAACAGCCGCCCCAGUACUCCCACCAGACCCACCGCUACUGAGACACCCCUCAAAUACACACACACACAUACAUACACUUAUACACACACAUAUAACUAUAUAUACACGCAUACACAGCCCUCACCAUGCCCACCUGAACGAAUGUACUGAGGGAUGUGGGGAUGUCCGAGGCAACACACCACCCCACAGAGGGCACUUUUUCUCUGCAGCAGUCUGUUAGGUCAGAGUGACAGCAACCUACACUUCUUCAAAAUAACACACCCAUAACCCCAGUAUUAGAAACACAGUGAUAGAGCAAAACCUGACAGGUGAAACACAAGGUGGGAGGAGGAGAGGAACGGACUCUUUGGUCGAUUCCAACCUGUUUUUGACGUAAUCAAACCAGCCGAGAGAAGACGGCUCAGUUUGGGGGGGACACGUGUUAAUAUGCUGUGUCAUCUCCUCCCCUUUUCUUCUACACCUGUCUCCACACCCCCACUUACCCCAGCCCGUUAACCCUCUUCCCGUUGAAGCUUAGAUGAGACUGAAAGCUGCUAUGUGACUGCCAGCGGUGACAGAUUCCCUGUCCGACUGUCCUCCCGUCUGUCUGUCUGUCUGUCCGUUUGUUAUUUUGUGUGUGUGGCCCUGUGAGGGCCUCAGCUGAGGACUGAACUGAGCUGCUGUGAAGCAUGCUGGGAGGAUGCGGAGCCCCCACAGCUGUGGCGUUGAGGGUUUUUUUUUUGUUCAGAAAGGACAAAAAAAAAAAUUACAAAAAAGAUUUUAGUAGUUUCUAAUUUAAUAUGUUUUCAUGGUUUUGUUUUCAUGGCGAGUGUGGCAGAGUAGCUUGCGCUGCCUGAGCGCUCAGCUGCUGUGGGCAAGCCUUACAACGUGAUGACAAAACCAACCAAUCGCAUGGAGGAUGGCAGAUGGAACAUGCAUUGUACUGUAUUGUAUUGAAAUAUUUUACAUGAAGCAAGUACCCUGACAAUAAAAGUGGAAACAUUGAAA